GAUCUCAGUGAAUAGCAGUAAUGUCCAGUCGUUGCUGGAUGCAGCCAACCAGUACCAGAUUGAGCCUGUGAAGAAGAUGUGUGUGGAGUUCCUCAAAGGACAGAUUGAUGCAACGAACUGCCUGGGUAUUUCAGCCCUUUCAGACUGUAUGGACUGUCCUGAGCUGAAAGCAGCAGCCGAGGACUUCACCCAGCUCCACUUCACUGAAGUUUACAAACUCGACGAGUUCCUGCAACUGGACGUUACGCAACUCACACAUCUUCUGCACCAGGACAAACUCACUGUCCGUGCUGAGGCCCAGGUACAGAUAUUCUAUUGCAGGGCUUUUCAAAGUAUGGGGCACGCCUCCCCUAGGGGCGCCAGAGUUCUGCAGGGGGGGCGCGAUUGUGGUGAUGUGAUGUUAAAAAAGAAAAUGUGA